AUGCCUCGUCCAAGACGUACUACGCGCAGCGAGGCGUCAGUGUCGGUUACCCCAGCAUCGGCGACAGUGUCCCCAGGGUUCAGCGCCAGAAGCUCCAAGCAGUCUACGCCCGCAACAUCGGUAGUUGACGAGGUGGAAAAACCAGCAGCGCAGCCAAGAAGGUCCGCAAGGAAAAGUAUUGUUGAGAGCAAGAAGCGUGCUAGAGAGACUGAUGAGGAAGCCGAGGACAAGCCUAGCAAGACCGGCACGAAACGCAGAGUGGUCGCCCGCGAAGUUUACGUAGAAAUUCAGGUUUCUCAGAAGAAGUCUGCCGCCACUACUACCCAGUCAUCCUCGAAAGGGGCUAGGCGGACGGCUGCCACCAAGACUCCUGCAGUCAAAGCUGAGGAGAGUGUCGACGAAGUCGGUGACAGCGAAGAAGACAGGGUUUCGAUACUCGAAUCCGACGACAGCGGCUCGGAGUACGAGGCCUCUGAUAUUGACAGUGCACCGGAAGACGCUGAGAGCGACAAGUCUAUUGAGGACUACGUCGAGCCCGCCGUCAAAGAUGAAUACACGGCAGAGGGUAUCGACGACGAGGACGUCAUGAUGGAUGCUGCCAUCCAAGCAUCACUAGAGUCCGCUCGGCAGGACGACAGUCGUAUCGCGGGCACGACAAGCGCUGGUGCAGGCUCGUCGAAACAGCGCCCUCCGGUCAACUCUGCAGCGGCCCUCCGAGCUGCUGCAGCGGAACGUCGCCUGGCCAAAGAACAAGAUGGGGCAUAUUCCGGCGAAAGUCUAUCUGAGCCUGCUGACUCCGAGGAUGAGUUACCACUCGCAAAGAGCAAGGGUAAGGCGAAGGUUUCAACCGCGCUCCAAAAACUGGUCGACACCAGCGAGCCGAAAUAUAUGACCCUUGCUCAGCGCAGGCACGCUCGCAAGUUGGCGAGGAUGGAGAAGUCGCAAGUCAAGUCUGAAGAACAGAGGAUGCGCUACAAACUCGGCCGCAAACUGACAUACGCCGAGAAGUCCACAAUUGCGCUUCAGGUCCAUCACCCGGAACUCAAGGACGUCUGGGGAAACCUAGAGAGACGCGUUGCCAUUGUUGAACCGAAGAAGGCGAAACCGCCUGCCGGUAUCAAAGUUACUCUACUGCCCUUCCAGGAGGAAAGUCUGUACUGGAUGAGGGAGCAAGAGAAGGGCGAGUGGAAAGGCGGUAUGCUCGCGGAUGAGAUGGGGAUGGGCAAGACGAUCCAGAUGAUAGCGCUGCUUGCAUCAGACGCUGGCGUCAAGCCGAACCUUGUCAUUGCGCCGACCGUUGCCAUCAUGCAGUGGCGCAAUGAGAUUGAAACCCAUACUGACAGUUUCAAAGUGCUUGUGUGGCACGGAUCUUCCAGAGACACUAACGUCAAGACGCUCAAGAGUUAUGACGUGGUGCUCACCACUUACGCUGUGCUCGAGAGUUGCUUCCGCAAGCAGGAAAACGGUUUCAAGAGGAAGGGGAAGAUCAUUAAGGAGAAGUCUCCUGUGCACCAGGUCCACUGGCAUAGAAUCAUCCUCGAUGAGGCGCAUAACAUCAAGGAGAGGUCGACGAACACGGCCAAAGCCGCAUUCGAGUUACAGGGUACCUUCAGAUGGUGUCUCUCCGGCACCCCUCUACAGAACCGUGUUGGAGAGCUCUACAGUCUUGUACGAUUUCUCGGUGGCGAUCCUUUUUCGUACUACUUCUGCAAGUCAUGUCCGUGCAAGUCCCUGCACUGGAGGUUCUCCGAUAAACGGAGCUGCGAUGAUUGUGGACACAGUCCUAUGAAACACACCUGCUUGUGGAACAACGAGAUUCUGACCCCUAUUCAGAAGAACGGGAUGGUAGGCCCUGGCGAAACCGCAUUCAAGAAACUCAAGAUCUUGUUGGACAGAAUGAUGCUGCGCAGGACAAAGCUGCAACGUGCGGAUGACCUCGGUCUGCCUCCCAGAACCGUCAUCGUGAGGCGGGACUACUUCAGUCCCGAGGAGAAGGAGUUGUAUCUCUCACUGUUUUCCGACGCCAAGCGGCAGUUCAAUACUUACGUCGAUUCGGGUACCGUCCUGAACAACUAUUCUAACAUCUUCAGUCUACUCACUCGCAUGCGACAAAUGGCCUGCCAUCCUGAUCUCGUGCUGAGGAGCAAGAGCAAUGCGGGGACCUUCUUGCAGGACGAUCAAGGAGAAGCCACUGUUUGCCGGUUGUGCAACGAAAUCGCCGAAGAUGCCAUCCAGGCGAAAUGCAGGCACAUCUACGACCGUGAAUGUAUCAAGCAGUACCUCAACACUGCCAUAGAAGUCAACCCCGCGUGCCCCGUGUGCCAUGUCCCCCUUACCAUCGACUUGGACGCUCCUGCUCUCGACCUUGAGGAGAAUGCGAAACCACGCCAGGGCAUCCUCGGUCGUUUGGAGCUGGACAAGUGGCGGUCUUCUUCCAAGAUCGAGGCGCUCAUCGAAGAGCUGGACAACCUCCGACGACAGGACUGUACCACGAAGAGCAUCGUCUUCAGUCAGUUUGUCAACUUCUUGGACUUGAUCGCAUAUCGAUUGCAGAAGGCUGGAUUCGUCGUAUGCCGUUUGGAGGGGACCAUGAGCCCGCAGGCCCGUGAUGCGACGAUCCAACAUUUCAUGAACAACGUUCACGUCACGGUGUUCUUGGUCAGCUUAAAGGCCGGAGGAGUGGCGCUGAAUUUGACAGAGGCUUCUCGUGUCUUCCUGAUGGAUAGCUGGUGGAACCCGGCGGUUGAGUAUCAGGCUAUGGAUCGUAUCCACCGUUUGGGUCAACACCGACCUGUUGAGGUCGUCAAGUUGGUCGUUGAGGACAGCAUCGAGAGCAAGAUUGUUCAACUGCAAGAGAAGAAGGCGGCGAUGGUCGACGCCACGCUCUCAACGGACGAUUCGGCUAUGGGACGACUGACUCCGGAAGAUCUCGGCUUCUUGUUCAGGGUGAGUUUCAUCCGUCUGCUCUACCAUGACAUCGUUGCUGAUGAUACAUUGCAGCUCUGA